AUGGCUUCUGAGAGUCCAACCACAAGAUCACCUGCAGCUGCUACGGGAUCACCCGCUGCCGGGUCACACCCAGCGCCAGGCGCUGAGGUGUCAGCACCGGUGGAGGCUGAUGACACUGUUGAGCCGGGCAGGGAAGACGACGCUGAUUCUGCCAUUGACUCGAAUAGCUUGCUCUCUACUGAAUCGCUCUCUGAAAGCAUCUAUGAGUACCGCAGGAUCCAUGGCCGAACAUACCAAGCCUCCAAGACAACCGAGUACUGGGCGCCGAACGAUGACCAGCAGAAUGAAGGUCUCGACAUGUUGCACACGGCCCUCGUCAUCAUGCAGAAUGACAAACUCUUCCUAGCCCCCAUCGGCGAUAAUCCCAAACGUGUUCUCGACGUGGCCACUGGCACGGGCAUCUGGGCCAUUGACUUUGCGGAUCAGUACCCUGGAGCCGAGGUCAUUGGCACUGACAUCAGUCCUAUUCAACCAUCAUGGAUCCCGCCUAAUUUAAAGUUCGUGAUUGAUGAUUGUCUGUUAGACUGGACAUGGCCCGAGGACCACUUCGACUUCAUCCACUUCCGCUCUCUCUACGGCAGCAUAACGGACUGGGGCGAGUUAUACAAGAAGGCAUUCCGCCAUCUCAAGCCGGGAGGAUGGCUGCAGGAUCUCGAGAUGGACGUUCUGCUGCAGAGCGACCAUGUGACAUUCCCCGAGAAACACAUCUACAAGACAUGGGGCGAUGCGUUCGCAAAGGGCGGCGAGGCGAUGGGCAAGAUCUUCACGAUCACGCGCGACCAUCAGAUGCGCGACUAUAUGGAGGCCGCCGGCUUUGAGGACAUCACAGAGGUCAAGCUGAAAACGCCGACCCACGGAUGGCCGAAGGACAAGCGGCUGCAGCAGGCGGGGUUGCUGACGCAGGCAUGCCUUGAUCAGAGUCUCGAGGGGCUCGCUAUGUUUGUUUUGACUAUGGUCCUCCAGUGGACCAAGGAAGAGGCUCUCACAUUCGUCGCAGAGAUGCGCGGAGAAUCUAGGAAAAAGUCAAAUUGUGCCUAUUGUUUGACCCUAGACUACGUACCUACAAUGGCCCUCACAAGUGUCAUUGCGGGAUGGUCGGCCAGCCUGGCGACUACCCUUGCCUGUCUGAUCACCCUCGCCUGGGUCUGCCGGUGCCUGUAUCGCAUCUACCUCCAUCCCCUGGCGGGAAUCCCUGGCCCUCGUCUUGCCGCAUGCACAUCACUAUGGCUUGCGUGGCACACCUACGUUGGUGAUGAGUGCACUGCCAUUUUCCGGUUGCACGAGAAGUAUGGCCCAGUACUGCGGGUUGCGCCCAACGACAUCGACAUUGCCGAUGGCGAUGCCGUCGAUCCCAUCUACGUACAGCAUGGGGGCUUCCAGAAGACACAGGCCUACUCCAAAUUUGAUAUCGAUGGCCACUCGACCAUUUUCUCUACGCAGACACUACCGGCACGUGCCAGCAGAGCCAAAGCUGUGGUGCCACUCUUUUCGACUUCAUCAAUUCGGAAUUCUCAAUCGAUACUAUCUUCGGUAAUCGACCAGUUCAUCGCACGGAUCCAACGUGAGGGUCAUAAGGGCAAGCCCGUCAAUGUCCUCAACCUGACCCGGUCCAUGGCCCUCGAUGCCGUGAGUGCGUACCUCUUUCAGGAACAGUACGGCGCCGUCUCUGAAGACACAUCACACAUGUCGGCGUCACCCUUUGUUGACGCGUAUGUCGGUGUCGGCGCCUUCUUCAAUCUGCUUCCGGGCUGGAUUGGAGACAAGCUCAUGCAAUUGAUCGAGAUGGCUUCGAGUGACGACGAAGUCGCCCACUCGAUGAAAGCCAUGGAUCAGUACACCGGAGGUCUGGUCAAGACAGCCAUGUCUGGCAGUGGAAGCUACGCUAGUCGAUUGUUAGAAAGGUCAAUUCCUCGGGAUCAAGUGCAAGUCGAGCUGAAGGAUUUGUGCUUUGCCGGCACUGAUUCGACCGGCAUGAAUAUGGCCAUGAUCCUCUGGUAUCUAUGCAAGAGCCCAGAGAAAUACGCUAAGCUACGAGAGGAAAUUCUCGGGAAAAUGGACAAGGAUGAGGAUAUCACGACAGGUCCAUAUUUGCGAGGGGUCGUGCGCGAGGGACUGCGGCUAUCCUGGGCAAACCCGAUCCGAUUGCCUCGCCUUGUUCCCGAAGGCGGAUGGGAAUACCGUGGUCACCUCUUCCCCCCGGGUACCUCGGUAGGAGUUGCCGCCUUUCAGCUGCAUCAGGACGAGAAGGUCUUCCCCGAUGCACAGCGGUUCCUGCCGGAGCGGUGGCUGCAGCCAUCCGACCAGAUGCUGACCAACUUCUUCGCCUUCGGCAAAGGCAACCGCGCCUGCAUCGCCCAGAAUUUGGGUACUGCUGAGCUGACGCUCGCCACUGCAAAGGUGGCCCAGGUGGAUUUACUCCGGGGAGCUACAGCGGUUCAGGGCAGUAUUGACAUCUUGGAAUGGUUCAACUCCCGCGUUAAGGGGGAGCAGAUUCUUAUUCAAUUCCCUUCAUAG